AUGACCGCCAAAGUGAUCGUUGUGCUGCUGGUAAUGGUGGCCUUUGCCAUGGCCACUACUGCCUCCGCCUUACCAAUAUGGCAAAGUGUACGCCACAAAGGCAGAGGAAAACCACCGCAUGACGGUGUUCGCGCAGAAUAUGCGCACGAUGCAGUCUCUGCAAGCAGUGAACCCCAUGCCCGCUUUGCCCCUAAUAAGUUCACCGAUCUCACCCCGGAAGAGUUCCAGGCCCAGUACGCGAACGGCGCCUCCUUCUUUGCCAACGACGCGAACAAGCCAACGCCCACGGCUGAGGCUGUCGUCCGCACAGCCGCCCCGGCAUCCUACGACUGGCGGGACAACGCCGUGACCGCAGUGAAGGAUCAGGGCAGCUGCGGCUCCUGCUGGGCCUUCUCCGCCAUCGGUGCCAUCGAGGGCAUCAACGCCGUUGCCGGUAACGGGCUUGUUACUCUCUCUGAGCAGCAGUUGGUUAGCUGCGACACGGUUGAUGCGGCCUGCAACGGUGGCCUCAUGGCCCAGGCCUACGAUUGGCUUCUCCAGAACACCGGGGGACAAGUGUACACGGAGGACAGCUACCCGUACGCCUCUGGCGGUGGCCAGGUUGAGGCAUGCAAGACCGCGCCGGGGGAGGUUGGCGCUACCAUCACCGGUUACGUGGAUCUCUCCGGCAACGAGGCAAACAUUGCCGCUUGGCUCGCUGAGAACGGUCCCGUGGCCAUCGCGGUGGACGCCACCACAUGGCAAAUUUACUCCGGUGGUGUGCUUUCCUCCUGCUUCGGCUAUCAGCUGAAUCACGGCGUCCUUGCCGUUGGCUACAACGAUUCUGCCACUCCCCCGUACUGGAUCGUAAAGAACUCCUGGGGCCCCACCUGGGGCGAGGAAGGCUACAUCCACCUGAAAAAGGGCGCCAACGUGUGUAUGAUGUCCGACUACGCUGUUUCCGUCACAGUCGGCGACAGUCCCACGACCUCUCGACACCCCACUUCCACCCCCACUCCCGGAGAGAUGAAAUUUGUGCAGCGCUCCUGCUUCAACUCGAAGUGCACCCUCCUUUGCUCCAGCGUCACCCAGCCCGUCGGCAGUUGCAUCAUUGGCAAGGGCAGAGGUUCGACCAUCUUUGAAUGCACCGCAAACGAAAUUGUGGAGAAGUCAUACAGUUCCGGUGACUGCACUGGUACUGCCUCGACUGCCACCAUGCCGCUGCGCACUUGCCUUCAGAGCUACCUCGGAUACUAUGAAAACAUCUGUCAGUAA